AUUUUCUAGUGCUUGUACACAUGUAAGCUUGAAUUGAUAGAGAAGUAGGAAUAAGGUCGGGGAGGUAUGUAGAAGUUAGUUUUAUUUUGUUCUGACUGAGAGGCAAAGUACGUUUUCGGCAUUUCAUCGAACAGCUUAUGCGCGUCCAUCCGUAGAUUAUAAGGGCGUGAGUUGAAGAAUUGUGUAAGGGUAAUUUCGAGACUAAAGUAAAACCAGUCAGUCAGAACACUAUCUCCGGCGAACAGAAAAAUCCUCCGUUCUCCAUGGAUUCUCUCCCCAACUCCUUCAAUCCAAACAAACGUCUCAAAGAAGAGUUUGUGAGCAAUUUGACUGGAUCGUCCAUGAUGGAGAUUGCCGCGCUUACCACAAUAAUCCCUAUUCUGAUUAUACUGCGGCACUCAGUUGGCUCCAAUCCUGUUGUUGAUGUCACAUUGAAGAAAAAUGAUGAUGCAGUAGUCGGUUCUAAGGGCAGACCAGCUUACAUGUCUACAAUGGCUUUCGAUUUUCUUCUCAUCGUGCUUCCAAUCGUCUUAGUUUACACUGUUUUAGCAGAGUGGAUGUAUAUCUGGGCAACUUUGUUGACAUUGUUACUGCUUAUCAGAAUUGCAGCCAACAGGUUUGGUUCUUAUUCUAAUUUGAAGGAAGAUCCCUAUUCUGUACGAAAAAAUAUAUCAUCUUACAGGGUCGCUACGAUGAUCAUUACAUGCUUGUGUAUCUUGGCUGUUGACUUCAAAAUUUUCCCUAGAAGAUAUGCCAAGACUGAGACUUAUGGUACUGGCUGGAUGGAUCUUGGGGUUGGCUCAUUUGUUGUAGCAAAUUCAUUAGUUUCACGGCAAGCACGAAAUAUAUCAUCCAGGAAAUGGAAGACUGCAAUUCAAUCUUCUAGUCCACUGAUCAUCCUUGGGUUUGCCCGUCUUCUCUCUACCAGAGGUGUGGACUAUCAGGUUCAUGUGGCUGAAUACGGAGUACACUGGAAUUUCUUUUUCACACUUGCUGCAAUAUCAAUUCUUACGUGCAUAAUUAAUGUUCCCGCACAGUAUUCUGGCAUUCUUGGCUCACUAAUUCUAGUAGGUUACCAAGUUUGCUUGACACAUGGGUUAAACUUGUAUCUGCUUUCUAAUGAAAGGGGAACUGAUAUAAUCAGCCAAAACAAGGAGGGUGUUUUUAGCCUAUUUGGAUAUUGGGGUUUGUACCUUGUUGGUGUCCAGUUAGGAAACUUUCUUUUCUUCAAUAACCAUUCCUCUGCAACAAUGAGGAGCACUAACUGGGCAAAGAUUAGAGUCUGGAUACUUUCACUUCUGUUUUGGUUAUUAACUGUGAUUAUAGACCGCCACGUCGAGAGAGUUUCCCGUAGAAUGUGCAACCUGGGCUAUGUUACACUGGUAUUGGCAGUAAAUUUACAGGUGCUGGCAAUACUACUGCUCUCCGAUUUUCUUCCUGGAAGCAAAACUUCAGUACUGGAAGAAGCAUAUGACCGGAAUUUGCUGGGGACAUUUCUUCUGGCAAACUUGCUCACAGGUUUGGUGAACUUGUUUGUGGAUACCCUGUUUGCAUCAUCAGUCAAAGCCCUUUUUAUUUUGAUUGCCUAUGCGUUUUCCCUAUCCUUCCUCAUUGGAUUGCUAGAUUUUUGCGGUAUCAGACUGAAAUUUUGGUAGGGGGACAAUCUGUGUGACAGUCUAAUUAGUCAGGGACAGGAACUAAAUGAAAAUUCCUACAACAUACUUUUAAAUUCACGCAUGUUUUUUUUUUCCCUAA